AUGGCCGUCGUCAAAAGCUGCCCUCCUCACAACCCUGUCCUCGACUACAUGUGCGCCGUGUGGCAGGACUCGACCGCGCUUUUCAUUGAUGACGCAGACCUAGAACACCACGACCGAUUGCUGGCUGCCAACACGGGCGUGGACGGUCUUUUGAAUCGGGCCGGUGGCGUGCUCUCCGAUCUCGCCUCACAAAAAGACACGCUCAAGCGCAUUCAACGCCGUGCUCUGGACAUUGCCAAUCAACUUGGUCUUUCCAACACUGUGAUGCGAUUGAUUGAGCAGCGAACGGAGCAGGAUCGCUACAUUCUCUUUGGUGGCAUGGCCUUGACCAGUCUUCUUAUGAUCCUCAUCUACGUGUAUUUUGGCUAG